AUGAAUCCUGCAAAAAGAAGACGUAUUGAGGAAGAUCAACAAGUCUCUGCAGAUGAUACUGACAAGAAAAUAGAUCUCAUCAACUCUCUUGAUAAUGAUUCACUAGCACAAAUAUUUAUGCUGCUGCCAAUAUCAGAGAGAAUAACUAUGGAUCAAGUUUGUUCCAAAUGGAAAGAGGCCUGUCAACUAGCUUGGUAUGACAUUAAAAAAUACAAAUGUACCAAUGCAAUUGUUCGUAGUUAUGAAAAAUGUAUUUUAACACAAUCAUACGUAGAAAAAGUAUUAUUCUAUUGUGGUGUUUAUUUAAAAGAAUUAAUUCUUUCAAAAAUUUGUGACUCAAGUAUCAUGCCAGUAGUUGCUAAAUACUGCAAAAAUUUAACAACACUUGAAUUUGAAAUUAUCAGAUUUUGUUCUUCUGAUACUAGUUACUUUGUUCAAGCAUUCACACAGUUGAAGCAAUUAAAAAUCCUUAAAAUACAUAUAUUUGGAGAAAAAAUUUACUUCCAGAUAUUAAAUAAUCUUUCAAAAGAUAUAGAGGAAAUUCAUUUAUAUUUUACCCUCGCUUUCAUAUCAGGCUCUGGUAUAAACUCAGAACAAUUUCUUGAGAUACUGAAUGCAAAUGAUGAAAACCCAGUAUCACCAUCACUUUUCUCUUUAAGAGAAUUUACCAAUCUUCGAAGUUUGACAAUACGUUGUCAAAAUAUCACCGAUAUUAUCCAAGAAAUAUCAAAAAAAACAACACUUGUUUAUCUUGAUCUCCAACAAUGUCAUACUGAAAACGAGAUUUUUACAUUCAAUCAACUUUCAAACUUGGAACAUCUCAACAUUAAAGAUGUAUAUUUCUGGGAUAGCUGUUUUGAGAAGAGAUUGAUUCCAAAUCCAAUCAGUGAUAUUUUCAAUACAUGCAAAAAGCUAAAACAUCUUGAUGCACCAGACUUUGAUGUUGAUUUAGCUGAAAUUAAAAUGGAAAACUGGGUAAACUUGAGAAACUUGGUAUAUAUAUAUAUUCGCUGGCAAGCUAGUAAUGCCAUAAUCAAAAAAAUCAUCAAGUAUUGCAAUAAUUUGGAAUUCAUAAAUAUUGAUGAAUUAAAUAGUGAAUCUAUUAUAGAAUUAACAAAAUUAGAAAACCUCAAUCACUUAGAUUUCGAGAUGACAAAUAUCGAUAACGAAGUAAUGGUUGCAAUUUUAAAUAAUUGUAAAAAACUUAAACAUCUGGUAAUUUACGGGAGUAGAGUAGAGGCAUCACUUUUUGAUGAUUUAUCAAAUUUGCUAUAUAUUGAAAAUUUAAAUUUGGAAUUUAGUAAGAAACUUGGAGAUAGUGCUAUGAUUGCUAUUGCUGCAAAUUGUAAACUCGUGAAAUGUUUGAAUAUUGAAAAUUGUCAGUCCAUCACUUCAACUGGUUAUACUGCUUUAACGAGUUUAAAAAAUUUGAAAGAACUAAACGUUAAACUUAGUAAAAAUGUUGAAGACAAUUUUAUUGUCAAAUUAAAAGGAAUAAAAAUUUUAAAUUGUUCUCAUUGCAACCAACUGACUGAUGCUGGUGUCAUUCAUUUUAUAGAAAAUAAUCCAGAUCUUGAAUAUCUUAAUAUCGGUCAUAUCAGAAAUAUUACAACUAAAACAAUAACUGCUGCAGAUGAGGCAUCUAAAAAUCGUACAAAUGAUACUUUUUUAUCAAUAAAAACUUAUAAAAGGGUUCUUCAAAAAGCUCUCAUCAAAUGUCAAUGGUUAACUUAUGGUUAGAAUGGAAUUGGAGUAUUUUUUUU